AGAAGAAGGAUUGUGGGAUUGCAAUGGCUGCUCCCUCAUCUGUAAACAUACGCGUUGAGUUUACGAAAACCGAUCGUUAAUCGUUUUCUCUGACGCCAUUACUGCUAGUUUUGUGAUUCAUUUUGUGGUCCAUAAGUUGGCCCCAGAUGUUUACGUUCAUGUGAGAGUGUUUGUAUUUUACGCUGACAGAAACACGCGACAUUUUUGCGCCUUCUCGUCUGGACACUAGCAGCUCGAAGGCUAGCCGAGGCUAGCCGCUCAGUCGGAGAUAAUGGAUGAUGACGUGUCAAUGCAUAGGCUGGAAGGAUCCGAUCCGACCGUUCAAGUUGGAGGUCUGAUUGUAAAGAAGAAGAGCGCUGCUGCAGAGCCCCAUGUAUUUCGGGCACCCACUCCACGCACAUCUUUACUGGGCUUGGAUCUUCUGGCAGCACAGAAAAGGAAGGAGCGUGAGACUAAGGAACAAGCAGAUUCUAGCAGUGAUGACAGGAGUAGCAAGAAGUCAAAGGUUUCCUCCUACAAAGACUGGGAGGAAGGUAAAAGUGACUCUGGAUCUGAUGAAGAAGACAGUGAUAAGAGUAGCACUGCUAAAAAAGAGAGCAGGAAGUAUCGUGUGACUGGCUCAGAGACGCCCUCAAACCCUGGAGGGGUCAGCGAAGAGUUCAGACGCAGGCACCAGCAGAGGGAGAAGGAGAGGCGCGAGCAUGGAGUCUAUGCCUCCUCUAAAGAGGACAGAAACAGAGAGAGAGACCGAGAAAGGAGUAGAGAUAAGGGCAGAGAUCGACGCAGUGAAAGAGAUGACCGCGAGAGCGGCUGUAGCCGUGGCAGCAGCAGCAGUCGGUCAGAGCGUUGGGAGCGCAGUGAGAGGAGUGAACGCUCACAGAGGGACGGGUGGUCCGAUCGCAUCAGCCGGGGCAGUAGGAGAGAUGAACCCCAAACUCCACAGAGUCGCCCCAGAGAUUCUUUCACUCCCUCCCGCUCCAACUGGGAUGAGGAUGACAGUGGUUUUGGCAGUUCAAGGCAUUCCCAGUGGGAAUCUCCUUCCCCUGCCCCGUCUCACAGAGAGUCCGACCGCUCGGAAAGAAGCCAACGCUCUGGCCGAGAGAGUGAGAGAAGGGACAGAUCAGUUAGAUCAGGUCGUUAUGCUGACGACACGCCCCUGCCUACCCCAUCCUAUAAGUAUAAUGAAUGGGCCAAUGACCGAAAGCAUUUGGGGUCCACACCUCGUUUAUCACAAGGAAAAGGGAGGAAAGAAGAAGGUGGUACAGGAUUUAUGUUUGAUAAUGAGGACGAGAAAGAACAGUGGGAGGAAGACCAGAAGCAAGCUGACAGAGACUGGUACAUGAUGGAUGAAGGCUAUGAUGAGUUCCACAACCCUUUCACUUCCACCUCUGACGACUACGUAAAGAAGAGAGAGCAGAUACUUCAGAAGCAGACUCAAAAAAGAAUAUCUGCCCAGAAACGACAGAUCAAUGAGGAUAACGAACGGUGGGAGACCAAUCGAAUGCUGACCAGUGGUGUGGUGCAAAGGUUGGAAGUGGAUGAAGAUUUUGAGGAGGACAAUGCCGCCAAGGUUCACCUGCUGGUUCAUAACCUGGUCCCUCCCUUCCUGGAUGGAAGAAUAGUCUUCACUAAACAGCCAGAACCCGUCAUCCCUGUGAAAGAUGCUACUUCUGAUAUGGCCAUCAUCUCUAGGAAGGGCAGCCAGCUGGUCCGUAAACAUCGUGAGCAGAAAGAGCGAAAGAAGGCGCAGCACAAACACUGGGAAUUGGCGGGCACCAAGCUGGGAGAUAUCAUGGGUAUUAAGAAGACGGAGGAUGAAGACAUGCCAGGGGGCAAAGCUGUAGGAGAGGACGGCAAAGUAGAUUACAGAGCAGAGCAAAAAUUUGCAGACCACAUGAAAGAGAAGAGCGAGGCCAGCAGUGAAUUUGCUAAGAAGAAGAGCAUUCUGGAGCAGAGACAGUACCUGCCGAUCUUUGCAGUCAGACAGCAGCUUCUAAAUAUCAUAAGGGACAACAGCAUAGUGAUUGUUGUUGGGGAAACCGGCAGUGGGAAGACCACCCAGCUGACCCAGUACCUGCACGAGGAUGGCUACACCAGAUACGGCAUGGUGGGUUGUACUCAGCCCAGAAGAGUGGCUGCCAUGAGCGUGGCCAAGAGAGUCAGCGAGGAGAUCGGCACCAACCUCGGAGAGGAGGUUGGUUACGCAAUCCGAUUUGAGGACUGUACAUCAGAGAAAACUCUGAUAAAGUACAUGACAGAUGGAAUCCUGCUCAGGGAGUCACUGAGAGAGUCGGACCUGGACCACUACAGUGCUGUUAUAAUGGACGAAGCUCACGAGCGCUCACUGAAUACCGACGUGCUGUUCGGUCUGCUACGUGAGGUUGUAUCUCGGCGCACCGAUUUGAAACUCAUAGUUACGUCUGCAACCAUGGAUUCUGACAAGUUUGCAUCGUUUUUUGGCAACGUACCUAUAUUCCAUAUUCCAGGGAGAACCUUUCCAGUUGACAUUUUGUUUAGCAAGACACCUCAGGAGGACUACGUGGAGGCAGCUGUGAAGCAAGCAUUGCAGAUUCACCUCAGUGGGCUGGUGGGAGACAUCCUCAUUUUUAUGCCUGGGCAAGAGGACAUUGAAGUGACAUCGGAUCAGAUUGUGGAGCGUUUGGAAGACUUGGAAAAUGCUCCUCCUCUAGCUGUGCUUCCCAUUUACUCUCAGCUUCCAUCUGACCUCCAGGCCAAGAUCUUCCAGAAGGCUCCAGAUGGUGUGAGAAAAUGCAUAGUCGCUACAAACAUCGCUGAGACUUCCCUCACUGUGGAUGGCAUCAUGUUUGUUGUGGAUUCAGGCUAUUGCAAACUUAAGGUUUUUAAUCCUCGCAUUGGAAUGGACGCGCUCCAGGUUUAUCCUAUUAGCCAAGCAAAUGCCAACCAGCGUGCUGGUCGAGCAGGACGUACAGGACCAGGGCAGUGUUACAGGCUGUACACUCAGAGCGCCUUUAAGAACGAGAUGCUGACCACCACCAUACCGGAGAUCCAGAGAACCAACUUGGCCAACGUAGUCCUGCUGUUAAAGUCUCUGGGUGUUCAGGAUUUGCUCCUUUUCCACUUCAUGGAUCCACCACCUGAGGAUAACAUGCUCAACUCCAUGUACCAGCUCUGGAUCUUGGGAGCUUUGGACAACACAGGAUCUUUGACACCAACGGGACGUCUGAUGGUGGAGUUUCCGCUUGACCCCGCUCUCUCUAAGAUGCUGAUCGUGUCCUGUGACAUGGGCUGCAGUGCUGACAUUCUCAUCAUCGUCUCCAUGUUGUCUGUGCCAGCUAUCUUUUACAGACCUAAGGGUCGUGAGGAGGAGAGUGACCAGGUGAGGGAGAAGUUCUCCGUCCCCGAGAGUGACCACCUCACCUACCUUAAUGUGUACAUGCAGUGGAAGAACAACAAUUACUCUAGCAUCUGGUGCAACGAGCACUUCAUCCACACCAAGGCCAUGCGCAAGGUGCGUGAGGUACGCUCCCAGUUGAAGGACAUCAUGGUGCAGCAGAGGAUGAACCUGGUUUCCUGUGGUUCAGACUGGGACAUCAUCAGAAAAUGCAUCUGUGCUGCUUACUUCCACCAGGCUGCCAAGCUCAAGGGCAUUGGGGAAUAUGUGAAUGUGAGGACAGGUAUGCCAUGUCACCUCCAUCCCACCAGCUCCCUGUUUGGUAUGGGCUACACUCCCGACUACAUCAUCUACCACGAGCUUGUAAUGACCACAAAGGAGUACAUGCAGUGUGUGACUGCAGUGGAUGGAGAGUGGCUAGCAGAACUGGGACCCAUGUUUUAUAGCAUCAAACAUGCUGGAAAAAGCAGACAGGAGAACCGUCGCAGGGCCAAGGAGGAGAUCACCAACAUGGAGGAGGAGAUGGCCAUGGCCGAGGAGCAGCUGCGAGCUCGUCGAGAAGAGCAGGAGAAGAAGAACAACGCCGGCAGCGUGAGGGCGGUGAAAAUCUGUACGCCAGGGAGGAAAGAAGAGGUCCCCAUGACACCCAGACACACCCCUGCCCGCUUCGGACUGUAAAACAGCUUCUGGAAGUAAGAAGCUCCCGAUCCAUUUCAGCUUCUAAGCAGUCACUGUCAUCGAGGCUCGGACCACACCAGCAAAAGCAAAAACAGUGCAGCUUUCAGCCAUUUCUUCCUCCCAGUGUGGCCGUCAGCUGCAGUUCAUGUUCAGACCACUAGAGUGAGAACUUGUAUAAGGCACAAGACUCGGAGACUAGCUGGGUUGAUUAGAAAGCCUCCCUCCACCUUCAUCACCUUCACUAGCUGUUUCCAUGAUGCAUUUUAAGGAAAAAGGACUGUGCUGUUUUUUUUCCUUUCUUUCUUUCUGUUCCCCCAUAAACAGUAUUUAUAUGUGCUUAUUAUUGAAAGGCUUUUAGAGAGGUGUUGACAAUAAUUGUACCGUCACUAAAAACUCAAACUUAAUUUUCUAUAUUCCUGACGGUAUUGUCAGAGUGCAGCUGAUAAAUGGUAAGCUGAUGUAAGUGUUACGUGUCUUCAUGUCCUUGUAUUUACUAGUUCUUGCAGUGUUGUGGCUUGAACGACACGUGCCACCUUGAAGUGCUCCUCUACAGACUGGAGCACUAUUGAAAAUGUACUUGUGGCACGAGUGUCUACUGACUCUACAGUCGUAAUGUCAUACGCCCUAAUACUCACAAUACUCUCAUGCAGGCUUAGUCAAUUGACCUUUUUUUACUCCUGUUGACCUUGUUCCAACAACAUACUGUGGCUCAUCAUCGCUUCAUUAUUUCACCACGAUUAAAUAUAUAAAUGCUGUCAUUGUUAUGGCAAACAUUACCUUUUUGGUUUUCCUUGAAACAGAUGUUCAGAAAUGCUCAUAUGCCUUUGUUGGCGUGCACCUUCCUCUUUCCCCUCAGCUGAUCAGAAUGUCAUGCAGCUUCAUAUAGACUGGUCUGUCUUUUUUUGGUCUUUUUACAUGAAAAUCAGCUUAUGUUUCUUUUUCUUUCCACAUCUUUUACAAAUGAAAAAGGUGAAUAAACAUUAGCAAUUUUUUUUUUUUUUUUUUAAUCCAGUGUAGUUCUGAUGCGUUUUUCUGCACAUUCAUGCAAAACAUUGGUUAGUUUUGCAGUGCUGUGAAUAAUGAUUUCAUAAGUGAAAAUGAUGCAACUCGGUUUUUGCUUAUGUAUCUAUUAAAACUAAGUGGCAAACGAUUAA